GGGGGCAGGGGGGUGUGUCAGCUUCGCCACUCUAGCUUCGCUUUCCCCAUUUUCCCCAUGCUUUUCCCUCUCUACCUUACUGCACCUUUCUGCGUGGCUUUGCUGUUGCGCACGCUUUACACGCACACGUUACACACACACAAAGAAGAGAUUAAGUGGUAAAGAAGGAAGCGCUUUUCCGACAUUCCCAGUCGACGUGUGCUCACAUUAUUAUUAACUUGUCUGCUUUGCUACAUAAUAUAUAGACCGGAGGAAUUAUGAGCGCCGACAGAUACGCCAACGGGGCACCCAGAGAGCUUGCCGCGUCGUGGCGCCUGGUGAGAGUGUGGUAUCUUUCCAGCUGAAGGCUAUGGGCCGAUGGUCGACGAUGCCGACGAUGCCUGCUUGCGCUGGUACGACCGUUGCAUCCGCGAACGAUAGUGUUGCUAGUUCGCUUUGCUGACCACCGCGCCAUGCACGCCUGGAUCAGGCAGUGUCCCGCCGGCUUGACGGUAUGACGACGCAAGCGAGCGAAUGGAACUGCGAUCUACUAGCACAGUCGUUGAGCGACUGUCUCAGUCCGCACGACCUGAACCUCAACUUGUACAACUUUGACCAAAAUGAUGCCUCCGACUGCCCAUAUGUGCUGACCAGCCCGCGGUCGCUGGAAGCAUGUGCCAACCAAGGCGUCAAGCCGGUCGAGCUGUUGCCGAGGCUCUUCGAGGAGUUUGCGGAAGAGCUCGCACCCGGGGUAUCACCGGACGAGGCUCGGCGGCUCUUCGAGCAGGCUGAGCGUGAGCGCACCGCGAAGUUGGCCCGGUGCCGGCGCGAACGAGAGGCCCUCAUCCGCUUGGACCGGCUCCGUCGCCGCCGGUCACUGUCCCUGUCUCCCGGAAGCCGUGUCGUGCAACGCCGGAGCGGCACCAGACCGCUCGGGGUGCUCCUGUCGUCAGAUGAGGAUGAUGGCAGUGUGGAUGACUCAACAAGCACAACCCGUGAGCCAAGUUCAUCAGCAAAAGGAGAUUCUGAUGAAGGCAGCACACCUGGAUCAAGCACAGAAGGCAGACCUGCUAGCAAGUCAACACCUACUUCCCCAUUCAGGCACCCAGCACCACUGGUCCCUGUGCCAGCUUCACUGCUUCCUUGGGUUGAUAAACCCAGUCUGCCUGCCAAGGAUGUGAAGCUACUGCAGCUAAUGCUCCAGAGGCGGCAGCGUGACGAAGAGGCAGCUGAACAGCGCCGGCUGGCGCAUCGUGCCUGGGACCAGGAGAAAGAACAGCGGGCCCUGCAGUCUCGCGACAAGCGUUGGAGAAGUCGUCAGGCCCUGACAUCCAGCAGCAGCUGCGAACUCCUGGACAGUGAAGCUCUUUCGGCAGCUGAAGAACGGCGCAAUAGCACAUCUCGGCAAACAACCGCAACAUCCGAACAGAGGCUACACCGUGUGUGGGUCGAGGAAGAGACUCGGCGUCGGCAGCUGGAAGAACGCCUUCGCCAAAAAGAGCAGCAGUGUGCCCAGCGAGUCGCUCAGGCGGCUGCGCAGAGGCAAAAUGAGGCCCGUCGCAGUGCACAGCAAGUUGAAGAACGACGUGGACAGGUGCUUCAGCAGCAGCGCCAAAUGGACGCUGCAUUAGACGUGUGGCGGGAGCGAGUGGCUGAGUACCAGGCAGCCGCCAAUGGACGUGCCCGCCAGGUAGUGCAGCAGCAGUUGGAGGAGCGGCGCCGUGAGGCGCUGCGUCAGCGGCUCGAGCGGGAGGCUGAGCAGCGGCGCAACCUUGCACGAGUUGAGGCCGACCGUGAGCAGCGGCUGCAGGCAGCAGCAGCUCGGCUACGUGACAAGGAAGAGCGUGCCAGACAGCUGGCACAGCAGAAGGAAUUUUUCGUUGAGCAGUCACGCCGUCUCGCCCUGGCCACUGCUCAGUUGCGAGAGCAACUUCGCUUGCAGCCCUCCCUGCCACCCUCUUGGGGUCCCGGCCUCGUGAGGAAGUCCCGGUCUCAUGAGGACAUGCUCGACUGAGCCGGCCGCUUCCAUCUGGGGUUCCGUCCGGCUGGCUGGGAAGGGCAAGCAGAUUCCGCAGGAGAGGGGCUCCUUCCUUCCUGCAUUUUGUUGCUUGAUUCCCCCGGAAAGGGAAAAUAAAAUGUAUUCCUGCUUCAUA